AACAAUGACCAUCCAGUUAUCUUGACUUGUCCCAUAAGCAGUUGGAGCAGCUGUUUAGACUCCCGAAUGUUUAUGAGGAGAUCGUUUGAUGUGGAUCAAUAAUAGUUAUAGAGGGAGCGGAUCUGUUUGUUUGCUAUUAUGCACUCUUUAAGGAACCAAUUUUUGGAUCUGACCCUGGGUUGCCUCGGCAUUCUUUGCCAAUCGUAUAGUUUUUAAAAGAUAGGUUUUAUAAGGGAUUCAAACCCGGUGAUGCCUCCUCGAAAUCUGGGAUUUCAAUGAUCAUAGUUUCUAUGGACAACACUUCCUAAGAGUUCAAGAUAUCCAGGCACACCCCUUUUGUCUUAACGUUCCGCUUCAGCCUGGUGUAUUGUGGGUAGGCUUGUCCAGGUGGGGAAGUGCUGCUUCUCUCCAAAACCAGGAGAAGUGGGAGAUAGAUGAUCACUAAGCAAGGAAUUGUCUAUAGCAAAUGAAUCAAUGUCGCUAGCUAUGGAGAGUGAAGUCAGAAGAUAGUCUAUGACACUAGAGCCCCUUGGUGAGACUAAUGUAUAUUCUCCAGAGUCAGGAAACUGAGUAAGUCCAUUUAGCCGGGACAGGUUGAGCUGCGUGGCCAUUUUGGUCAGGCACUUUCCGGCUUGGUUUCACGGUUGGUCCUUAGAGUGUCGGGCUUCUGGUGUCAGGAGAGAGUUGAAGGGAUCUUUGUCCAGGCCCUCUUCUCUCAACACAUUUAUUCAACUAGAUCCUACCCUUGCAUUGAAGUCACCCGUUAUCUUGACCUAAAUAACAGGAAAAAUGUUGGAGCAGAUCAUGAAGAAGGCCAUCUGGAAUCACUUGGGAAAAGUGCUGUAAUCACUGAAGGACAAGAUGAGUUUCUCCAAAACAAGUCAUGCCAGACUAAUGUACUUUUCAGUAGAGCUACAAGCUUGGUAGAUGAAGGAAAUGCAGUGGAUGUAGCACAUCUUGCUUUCAGUAAGACCUCUGGAAAGGCCUCCCAUGGUUUCACAAACAACUAGUAAAAAGUGGGCUGGAUAAUACUCCUGUUCGGUGGAUUUGUAAUGGUUUGAGCGACAAAGGGUGGAGUGCCGCAGGGUUCUGUCCUGGGCCCAGUACUGCUCAACAUGCGUAUCAGGUUUUCAGAUGACACCAAAUUAGCAGGUAUAGCUGACAGUCUAGAAGAUAGGAUCAGAAUUCAAAAUUCUGGCCUUAACAUGGUGGAGAGCUGGGCCAAAACUAACCCACUUAAUGUCAACAAGAAUAUAUGUAGAGUAGUACACUUAGGCAGGAGAGAAAUGCCAUGCACAGGUACAGGAGGGGCAACACCUGACUUGACAAUCAUUCAUAUGAUGGGAUCUUGGAGUGUUAGAGGACUGCAAGUGGAACAUGAGCCAACAAUGUGAUGCAGCAGCUGAAAAGACAAUGGGAUUUUGGGCUGCAUCCCAAGGAAUAUUGUGUCUAGAUUCAGGGAAGUCAUGGCGACCUUCUUUCUGCUUUGGGGAGACCUCACCUGAAAUUACACUGUGUCCAGUUGUGGGCAUCACAAUAAAAGGGGGAACAUACCCUGAUUCCAUUUCUGAUUCUAUAUAUCAAUUAAGAAAUGGUUCUUACCUGUGACCAAUGCGUCGUCUCUACAAAGCUUACCUUUGUGGCAUGGAGGCCUUCGCCCUUUCCCUUUCAAGCAACCAGCAGGAAUGUAAGUUUACUUUAAAUUAUUUCUUGUCAUCAUUUUUCUUGAUAUCUCUCACGUGAGGAGGGAAUUUUUUCUUCUUCCGCCAGGGCCCAAUCGCCUUUGAGGACGUGGCUGUGGAUUUCUCCCUGGAGGAGUGGGUUCUCCUGAAUCCGGACCAGAAAGCCUUGCACAAGCAGAUCAUGGAGGAGAUGAAUGGGAUUGUGGACUCUCUCGUAGAUAAUGGGGAGAAGAGCCAUGUAUGCACCAAGUACAGGAAGCAUUUGGGACACAACUAGGCCUUUCGUCGAGACCAGCAAGCCCACAGAGAAGAUGGAGGUUCUGCCAGAGAAAGGCCCGACAAAUGCAAUGUAUGUGGGCAGUGUUUUACCCAAAAUAUGGCACUUGUGCUUCACAAGACACCCGAUGCUGGGAAAAGCCAUCUUAAAGGGAAAGUAUCUGCAAAAUGUGUGGUGAAACACAAGAAAUUUCACACGGGUCAGGAACCAUACAGAUGCCAAGAGUGUGGGAAGUAUUUUGCUUCCAGUUCAGCCUUGGUGAGGCUCAAAAGACUCCACACAGGAAAGAAGCCACACCAAUGCCAGGAGUGUGGGAAAUGUUUUGCUUUCAGUUCAGCCUUGGUGAGCCACAAAAGACUCCACACAGGAGAGAAGCCAUACAAAUGCCAGGAGUGUGGGAAAUGUUUUGCUUCCAGUUCAAACUUGGUGAAACACAAAAGACUCCACACGAGGGAGAAGCCAUACGAAUGCCAGGAGUGUGGGAAAUGUUUUACUACCAGUUCAGCCUUGGUGAGGCACAAAAGACUCCACACAGGAGAGAAGCCAUACCAAUGCCAGGAGUGUGGGAAAUGUUUUGCUUACAGUUCAGACUUGGUGAGCCACAAAAGACUCCACACGAGGGAGAAGCCAUACGAAUGCCAGGAGUGUGGGAAAUGUUUUGCUUCCAUUUCAAACUUGGUGAAACACAAAAGACUCCACACGAGGGAGAAGCCAUACGAAUGCCAGGAGUGUGGGAAAUGUUUUGCUUCCAGUUCAAACUUGGUGAAACACAAAAGACUCCACACGAGGCAGAAGCCAUACGAAUGCCAGGAGUGUGGGAAAUGUUUUACUACCAGUACAGCCUUGGUGAGGCACAAAAGACUCCACACAGGAGAGAAGCCAUACCAAUGCCAGGAGUGUGGGAAAUGUUUUACUACCAGUACAGCCUUGGUGAGGCACAAAAGACUCCACACAGGAGAGAAGCCAUACCAAUGCCAGGAGUGUGGGAAAUGUUUUACUACCAGUACAGCCUUGGUGAGGCACAAAAGACUCCACACAGGAGAGAAGCCAUACCAAUGCCAGGAGUGUGGGAAAUGUUUUACUACCAGUACAGCCUUGGUGAGGCACAAAAGACUCCACACAGGAGAGAAGCCAUACCAAUGCCAGGAGUGUGGGAAAUGUUUUACUCAGAGUUCAGCCCUUAACCAGCACCAGAGAACACAUACAGGCUAAAAAACAGCCAUUGUGGGAAAAUGUCUGAUUUCAAACAGGACCCUUUGAGAAGUUCUGCGUCAGAUUUGGUGGAGUCCCCGUUCUUGUCAUUUGAAUCCCUAAGUUGGAGGUCCUGUUCUCUGGAAUAGCAGAAAGCAAGCUCUGUUUGACAAUCCCUCAGAGCAGUGGUUCUCAACCUGUGGGUCCCCAGAUGUUUUGGCCUUCAACUUCCAUAAAGCCUAACAGCUGGUAAACUGGCUGGGAUUUCUGGGAGUUGUAGGCCAAAACAUCCGGGGACCCACAGCUUGAGGACCACUGCUUCAGAGGGUUAAAUAUGAUUGUCAUGUCACCUCAUCUGAAAAGAAAUAAACCAUAUGUAAUUCCA